AAGUGUGUGUGAUAUUUGAGUUGCAACUAAGAGCCCUGCAAUGAACUUUUUCCUCUGUUUUACAUCUUGUUUUUCAUUGAAUUGAAGAAAAACUUGUGAUUUUCAUCUGAUCCUGCCUUUGCUUCCUUGUAAAUUUAGUCAAAAACAGAAUUAGCUAUGGAAUUCUUAUCUAUUUUUGUGGAAAAACUCACUGAUUGCUUGAUCCAGCCAGUUGCGCGACAGAUUGGUUAUUUCUACUACUACAAGAGCAACAUGAGAUGUAUGGAUAAAGAAUGUGAGAAGCUGAAGAAUAUCAGAAUGACAGUGCAGCGAAAAGCAGAAGAUGCCAGGAGAAACUUACAAGACAUUUCACUUAAUGGCAAGGCUUGGUUAACUAGUGUUGAUACAACUACUGCAGAUGUGGAAGGUGUAAUGCUAGGUGUAGCUGAGGUUGAAAGGGGUUGCUUCUAUGGUGUGUGUCCGAAUUUGAAGUCACGUUACUUGAGCAGGAGAGCUAAGAAAAUUACACUGGAGUUGAUUGAACUUCAAAAUGAAAGCAACAAGCCUGAUGUUUUCUCAUUUGAUCAUCCAGUCGAAAGUGAACCUGAAGCUAUGUGUAGUAACAAUGUUGAGGAGUUUGAUUCCAGAAAAUUGAAGGAGGAUGAGGUCAUGGCAGCUUUGAGAGAUGAUGGGGUUACUAUGGUUGGGAUAUGUGGUAUGGGUGGAGUUGGUAAGACAACACUGACUGAGAAAAUCAGACAAAAGGCGAAAAAAGAAAGGUUGUUUAAAGAUGUUGUCAUGGUAAUUGUCAGUCAACAAAUAGACUUUAAAAGAAUUCAGAAUGAGAUUGCAGGAGGAGUCGGGCUGACAUUACAAGGGGAUGAUUUGUGGAGUCGUGGAGAUCUGCUGCGUACAAGGUUAAUGGAUCAGAACAGUCGCAUCCUUAUAAUCUUGGAUGAUGUUUGGAAGGCUCUUGAACUAGAAAAACUUGGAAUUCCUAGUGGUAGCAACCACAAACAUCGGUGCAAAGUGACAUUCACAACGCGUUUCCAACAUGUUUGUGAAGCGAUGGGAGCUCAGAAGAUCAUGGAAGUUGGAACUUUGUCUGAAGAGGAAGCAUGGAUCCUUUUCAGACAGAAAGUCGGUAAUUCAGUCGAUGAUCCUUCUCUGCUUGAUAUAGCAAAAGAUGUUGCCAAAGAAUGCAAGGGGCUGCCACUUGCAAUUAUUACAGUUGCAGGAGCACUAAAAAAGCAUAAAACCAAGCUUUCGUGGGACUGUGCCCUUGAAGAAUUACGCGGUGCAGAAACAAUAGAUAUCCCUGAAGUGCACACAGAGGUGUAUAAACCUCUGAGGCUAAGCUAUGAUUACUUGGGAAGUAAUGAAGCCAAGUGCCUCUUUUUGCUUUGUUCCUUGUUUGAGGAAGAUAGUAAUAUUUGUCCUGAAGAAUUACUUAGAUAUGGAAUGGGGCUUCGCAUCUUUCCGAGAAUCAAAAAUUUGGAACAUGCAAGAAAUAAGAUGUGUUAUCUGUUGGAAAUAUUGAAAGAUUGUUUCUUGUUAUACCAAGGUUCAGAAAAAAAUUAUGUCAAAAUGCAUGAUGUUGUCCGUGAUGUGGCUAUAUAUAUUGCGUCUGAGGGCAAGGAUAUAUUUAUGGUAAGCCAUGAUGUGAACUCAAAAGAGUUCCCAAGAAAAGACUCUUACGAGCAAUAUAGUCAUAUGUCAAUUGUUGCAAAUAAAUUUGAUGAGCUUCCUAGCCCAAUAUUUUGCCCAAAACUGAAGCUUCUAAUGUUGAAACUUUGUUUUGAAGAAGAUCCAAUCAAAUUACAGGAUGAUUUUUUUGAUGGAAUGAGUAAACUCAAUGUCUUAAGUUUUAGGACAGACGAUUAUCGUUACUCCAUUCUACCCUUUCCAGGAUCCAUUCAGAGGUUGUCAAAUCUGAGGACGUUGUGUCUGAGUAAUUUAAAGUUGGAUGACAUAUCCAUUAUUGGGGAACUUGUCACUUUAGAAAUUCUCAGCAUAAGAGAUUCUAAGUUAGGGGAGCUGCCCGUGGAGAUAGGAAAAUUGACCAAUCUAAUUAUGUUAGAGUUGCGGAAUGAGGAAAAAGCACUGGAAAUUAUUUCACCAGGGGUCUUAUCAAGAUUAGUUCAAUUGGAAGAACUACAUUUGGUGGGAGUAGAACAUUGUAGUUACUCCAACUUGAGGGAGCUGGAAUCGUUAUCGAGAUUGACUUCACUGACAUUAAGUGAAUGUUCCGGAGAUGUGAUAUACAGUAACUUGGGCCUUGCCUCCAAGUUGACACGGUACGCUCUUACAGUGGGUAGAGCUUACAAAGCGACUUCAAGCAUGGAUGAUUACGACAAGAAUAUUGCCUUAAAGGUCACUGAGACUGCCCCAUUGGGUGAUUGGAUCCGCCACAUGUUGAGGAAGAGCGAACAUGUACAUUCAACCGGAGAGGGCUCCAAGAACGUGUUGGCUGAGUUGCAGCUGGAUGAAUUUCAGAAUGUGAAAUAUCUCUGCCUGAAACACUUUGAUUCAUUAGUACAUAUCCACUGUCAGAAUAAUGUUUCAUUCCCCAAACUUGAAAGACUGGAGGUAAGAAAGUGUCGUUGUCUACAGUAUGUUUUUUGUGUGUCCUUGGCUGGAGGGAGUUUGACAGUAGCUUGCCCUGAUGAUGAUGAGGAGGAGAUCUCUCGGAGGAUACGUGAAGUAAUCAAGUUCCCCAAUUUAUAUGAUUUGAACCUUCGAUCUCUGGAAUGCCUCACUCACUUUUGCAAUGACACUGUUGAGGGCAUUGAGUUCCCUCGGUUACGGAAAAUGCACUUCAGUAGCUUACCUGAGUUCCAAAAUUUCUGGCAUACAGCCAACAACUCUAUCACUGACUCAAAUCCUCUUUUUGAUGAAAAGGUUUCUUGUCCCAACCUGGAAGAGCUAUAUAUCGAUAGGGCUGACAGCAUAACUGCUCUAUGCUCUCACCAACUUCCAACUGCCUACUUCAGCAAACUUGUAAAAUUCGGAGUAGAUGGUUGCGGAAAAUUGAGAAACUUGAUGUCUCCAUCAGUGGCCAGAGGUCUUCUGAAUCUCCGGAAACUAAAGAUAGAAAAUUGUGAGUCAAUGGAAGAAGUGAUCAGAGAAGAGGAACAACAAGGAGAAGAAAUCAUGACUAAUGAGCCUUUAUUCCCCCUGUUGGAACAGCUGAACCUUUACGAUCUGCCAAAGCUGGGGCAUUUCUUUCUAGCGAAGCAUGCUCUUGAAUUUCCAUUUCUCAGGGAAGUGUGCAUUCAUGACUGCCCUGAAAUGAAGACGUUUGUCCAACAGGGAAUAUAUGUGAGUACACCGAGUCUCGAAAGUGUGAACAAUGAUGAUGAGGUGAAAGUGGUUGAUCUCAAUAAAGCGAUGUUCAAUUCUAAGGUUUCUUGUCCCAGACUGGAAAAGCUACAACUCAUUUGUGCUCAUAGUAUAACUGCUCUAUGCUCUCACCAACUUCCAACUGGCUACUUCAGCAAACUUGAAGCAUUAUAUGUAUCGUUUUGUGGAAAUCUGAGAAACUUGAUGUCUCCAUCAGUGGCCAGAGGUGUUUUGAAUCUCCAAAUACUAGAUAUAGGAUAUUGCGAGUUGAUGGAAGAAGUGAUCACAAAAGAGGAACAAGGAGAAGAAAUUAUGACAAACGAGCCCUUAUUUCCCCUGUUGGAAGAGUUGAGGCUUCAAAGUCUGCCAAAGCUGGGGCAUUUCUUUCUCGCUAUGCGUGCUCUUGAAUUUCCAUUUCUCAGAGAAGUGUCGAUUCAUGAAUGCCCUGAUAUAAAGACGUUUGUCCAACAGGGAUCUGUGAGUACACCGAGUCUCGAAAGUUUGAACAAUGAUGAUGAGGUGAAAGUAGUUGAUCUCAAUAAAGUGAUGUUCAAUUUUAAGGUUACUUGUCCCAGCCUGGAAGAGCUACGUAUCUGGAUGGCUCACAACAUAACUGCUCUAUGCUCUCACCAACUUCCAACUGCCUACUUUAGCAAACUUGAAAGAUUGGACGUAUCGACUUGUGGAAAAUUGAGAAACUUGAUGUCUCCAUUACUGGCUAGAGGUGUUUUGAAUCUCCGAAUACUACAGAUAGCAGGCUGCCAAUCAAUGGAAGAAGUGAUCACAGAAGAGGAACAACAAGGAGAAGAAAUGACUAAUGGGCCCUUAUUUCCCCGGUUAGAACAGCUGGAUCUUUACGAUCUGCCAAAGCUGGGGCAUUUCUUUCAGACGAAGCAUGCUCUUGAAUUUCCAUUUCUCAGGAAAGUGUAUAUUUAUAGCUGCCCUUCAAUGAAGACAUUUGGCCUCGGUUCUGUGAGUACACCGAGUCUUGAAAGUGUGAACUAUGAUGAUGAGGUGAAAGUAGAUGAUCUGAAUAAAUGGAUACAACAGAUGUUCAAUUCUAAGGUUUAUGUAAGUGAUGGCUGUGAAUAUGAAGAAGAUGUAAGUGACGGUAGUGAAUCUGAAGAAGAUUUAAGUGAUGGCUGUAAAUCUGAACAAGAUGUAAGUGAUGGCAGUGAAUCUGAAUCUUCAGUCUUGUGGACAAGCAAAUUGAAACAGAGGGAGUAUUUGUCUCUUGCUAAAAGAGAAGGAAGAAAAUACAGGGAAAAACAGAAAUGGUGGUCCAUUGGGCCUAAGAGAAAGAGCCAUGUAAUUCUUAUCACUAAAAUCCCUGGAAAUAUUAACUCUUCCAUUUUUCCUUUGUUUUACAUCUUGUUUUUCAUUGAAUUGAAGCAAAACAGAAAAAAAAACUUUGGUUGUUUCUUUAUUACAGAAAUGGAAUUCUUAGCUAUUUUUGUCGAAAAACUCACUGAUUGCUUAAUCCAGCCAGUUGCGCGAGGGAUUGGAUAUUUCUAUUACUACAAGAGAAACAUCACAUCUCUGGAUGAAGAAUCUCAGAAGCUGGAGAAUCUCAGGAGUGGCGUGCAGGAAAGAGAAAAGGCUGCCAGGAGAAACUUACAAGUCAUUUCACAAACUGUUGAGGAUUGGUUAACUAGUGUUGAUACUACUACUGCAGAUGUGGAAGCUGUAACACGACGAGGUAGAAAUGAGGUUGAAAGUGGUUGCUUCUAUGGUUGCUGUCCAAACUUGAUGUCACGUUACUCGUUGAGCAGGAGAGCUAAGAAAAUUACACUGAAGAUAAUUGAACUUAGAAAAGAAGGCAACAAGUAUGAUGUUUUCAGCUAUCAUGUACCACCUGUUGAAGCUGAACCUAUUAGUAACAGGGGUGAGGAGUUUGCCUCCAGAAAAUUGAAAGAGGAUGAGGUCAUCGCAGCUUUGAGAGAUGACGGUGUCACUAUGAUUGGGAUAUGUGGUAUGGGUGGUGUUGGUAAGACAACGCUGGCUGAGAAAAUCAGACAAAGGGCAAAACUAGAAAAGUUGUUUGAUGAUGUUGUCAUGGUAACUGUCAGUCAGCAACCAGACUUUAAAAGAAUUCAGGGUGAGAUUGCAGAAGGAGUCGGGCUGACAUUAGAAGGGGAUAAUUUGUGGAGUCGUGGAGAUCGGCUGCGUUUAAGGUUAAAGGGACAGGACAGUAUCCUUAUAAACUUUGAUGAUGUUUGGGAGGCUCUUCAUGAUCUAGAGAAACUUGGAAUUCCUAGUGGUAGCAACCACAAACAUCGGUGCAAAGUGACAUUCACAACGCGUUUCCGACAUGUUUGUGAAGAAAUGGGAGCUCAGAAGAUCAUGGAAGUUGGAACCUUAUCUGAGGAGGAAGCAUGGAACCUUUUCAGCCAGAAAGUAGGUGACUCAGUCAACGAUCCUUCCCUACUUGACAUAGCAAAAGAUGUCGCAAAAGAGUGCAAGGGGUUGCCGCUUGCAAUUAUUACAGUUGCAGGAGCACUAAAGCUUAAAACUAAGCCUUCGUGGGAGGAUGGCCUCAAACAAUUAUGCAAUGCAGAAACAAGAAAUAUCCCUGGAGUUCACACAAAGGUGUAUAGACCUCUGAGGCUAAGCUAUGAUCACUUGGAAAGUGAUGAAGCCAGGUAUAUCUUUUUGCUUUGUUCUUUGUUCGAGGAAGAUAGUGAUAUUUCGACUGAAGAAUUACUUAGAUAUGGAAUGGGGCUUGGCAUCUUUUUGGAAAUUAAAAAUAUAGAAGGAGCAAGAAAUAGAGUAUGUCAUCUGUUAGAAACACUGAAAGAUCGUUUCUUGUUAUCCCAAGGUUCAAACAGAAAUUAUGUCAAAAUGCAUGAUGUGGUUCGUGACGUGGCUAUAUAUAUUGCAUCUGAGGGAAAGCAUAUAUUUAUGGUAAGUCAUGAUGUGAACUCAGAAGAGUUCCCAAGAAAAGACUCUUACGAGCAAUAUAGUCACAUGUCCAUUGUUGCAAAUAAAUUUGAUGAGCAUCCUAGUCCAAUAAUUUGCCCAAAUUUGAAGCUUCUAAUGUUGAGACUUUAUUGUAAAGAGCCAAUCAAAUUACAAGACAAUUUUUUUGAUGGGAUGAGUAAACUCAAUGUCUUAAGCCUGAGUGGAUAUGAGUACUCCAUUUGGCCUUUUCCAGCAUCCAUUCAGAGGUUGUCGAAUUUGAGGACGUUGUGUCUGAGUAAUUUAAGGUUGGAUGACAUAUCCAUUCUCGGUGAACUUGUCACUUUAGAAAUUCUCAGCAUAAGAGAUUCUCAGUUAGAGGAGCUGCCCGUGGAGAUAGGAAAAUUGAAGAAUCUAAUCAUGUUAGAGUUGCGGAAUGAGAAAAAACCACUGGAAAUGAUUUCACCAGGGGUCUUAUCAAGACUAGUUCGAUUGGAGGAACUACAUAUAAUGAAAGUAAGAAAUUGUAGUUACUCCACCUUGAGGGAACUAGAAUCCUUAUCGAGAUUGACUGCACUGACAUUAAGUGAAUGUUCUGGAGAUGUGAUCUACAGUAACUUGGGCCUUACCUCCAAGUUGAUGCGGUAUGCUCUUACAGUGGGUAAAGCUUACAGAGCGACUUCAAGCAUGGAUGAUUACGACAAGAAUAUUGCUUUAGAGGUCACCGAGACUGCCCCAUUAGGUGAUUGGAUCCGCCACCUGUUGAGCAAGAGCGAACUUGUACAUUCAACCGGAGAGGGAACCAAGAACGUGUUGGCCGAGUUGCAGCUGGAUGAAUUUCAGAAUGUGAAAUAUCUCUGCCUGAAAUGUUUUGAUUCAUUGGCACAUAUCCAAUGUCAGAAUAAUGUUUCAUUUCCCAAACUAAGACUGGAGGUAAGAAAGUGUCAUCGUCUAAAGUAUGUUUUUUUUGUGUCCUUGGAUGGAGGAAGUUCAACAGUAGAUUGCCUUGAUGAUGAGGAAGCCGAGAUCUCUCGGAGAACACAUGAAGUAAUCAAGUUCCCCAAUUUAUAUGAUUUGAACCUUCUAUCUCUCGAAUGCCUCACUCACUUUUGCAAUGACACUAUUGAUGGCAUUGAGUUCCCUCGGUUACGGAAAAUGAACUUCAUGAACUUACCUGAGUUCAAAAAUUUCUGGCCUACAACCAACAACUUCAUCACUGGCUCAAAUCCUCUUUUUGAUGAAAAGGUUUCUUGUCCCAACCUGGAAAAGCUUCAACUCAUUAGAGCUAACAACAUAAGUGCUCUAUGCUCUCACCAACUCCCAAUUGCCUACUUCAGCAAACUUGUAAAACUGAAAGUAGAUAGUUGCAGAAAAUUGAGAAACUUGAUGUCUCCAUCAGUGGCCAGAGGUCUUCUGAAGCUCCGGAAACUAAAGAUAGAAAAUUGUGAGUCGGUAAAAGAAGUGAUCACAGAAGAGGAACAACAAGGAGAAGAAAUCAUGACUAAUGCGCCCUUAUUCCCUCUGUUGGAACUUCUGAACCUUGACAAUCUGCCAAAGCUAGAGCAUUUCUUUCGGACGAAGCAUGCUCUUGAAUUUCCAUUUCUCAGGGAUGUGUGCAUUCAUGACUGCCCUAAAAUAAAGACAUUUGUCCAACAGGGAUCUGUGAGUACACCGAGUCUCGAAAGUGUGACCAAUGAUGGUGAGGUGAAAGUAGAUGAUAUCAAUAAAGUGAUGUUCAAUUCUAAGGUUUCUUGUCCCAGCCUGGUGAAGCUAGUAGUUGUUGGGGUUAACAACAUAACUGCCCUAUGCUCUCACCAACUUCCAACUGCCUACUUUAGCAAACUUGAAACGGUGUACAUAUCGAAUUGUGGAAAAUUGAGAAACUUGACAUCUCCAUCAGUAGCCAGAAGUCUUCUGAAUCUCCAAGUAUUAAUGAUAGAAGCCUGCCAAUCAAUAGAAGAAGUUAUCACAGAAGAGGAACAACAUCAAGGCAAAGAAAUCAUGACUAAUGAGCCUUUAUUUCCCCAGUUGGAAGAGCUGGUGCUUUGCAAGCUGCCUAAGCUGAGACAUUUCUUUCUCGCGAAGCAUGCUCUUGAAUUUCCUUUUCUCAGAGUAGUGUGGAUUAAUAGUUGUCCUGAAAUGGAGACGUUUGUCCGACAGGGAAUAUCUGUUAGUACACCCCAACUCAAAUGGAUGAACAAUGAUGUUGAGGUGAAAGUAGAUGAUCUGAAUAAAUGGACACAACAGAUGUUCAAUUCUAAGGAACAAAAUGCUAGUCAAGGCACUACCGAUGGCUACCAAUCUGAAGCUAGAGAUGGCGACAAAUCUGAAGCUACUGAUGGCGAUGAAUCUGAAGCUACCGAGUCUCAAAAGGGUGAACAAUGACUUGGGGUGAUGGCAAUGAAGCUGAACCUAGUCAUGGCAGAAGCUAGGAAGGUAAUAAGUAUUCGAUGAAAUAGUUCAAGUUAGCUCGAACAUCACAUGAUAUAACCUAUAGGGUUGUUAGUUGAUUUUUGAAAGAAAGGGUGGAUCUUGAAGAAGCGAAAUGAGCUUAGAGUAUCAACUUAUUACGUUUUGUCAGGCCCCUUUGAUAUCUUAUUAGUCAAGCGUUAGCGCCCCUUUAGUCUGAUCUACAUUGGAACAAAUGAGUCUACGUGACCAUGUAUUUGUAUUAGCCAUAUCUAUAAAUGAGUUGACUUUGAACACGAAUAUUAUUGCA